AUGGCCACCUCAAAUGGGAAAGGUGAAAAAGUGUCCAAAUUUGAGACUUUAAAACUUUUGGAGAAAUGUAGGAAGGAGAGAGAUGAUGCCAUGCACAGAGAAAGUGUUCUCAGAGAGAAACUCCGACAGUAUGAGUCAAGGAUGCGUUCAACUGAGGCUCUGAAACAGAAGCUGAAAACCUUGACCGUGGACAACAAGGAGCUGAGGAAACAAGUGAAGGCUCUUCGUACUGAGAUUGGACUUGAGUGCAGCCCCAAGUUCAAUGGAAAGAGCACAAAGGACAUAAUCAAUGACUUACACGAGAAGGAGCGUGAAUGCAGUUCCUUGGUGGAGAAGGCUGGGAAGCUGAGCCUGACCAUUGAUGAUUUGACAUCAGAGUUGGCAAAUACAGUCACCUCUAAAACUCUUUUAGAAGACCAAGUUCAGUCAUUGCAGCAAAACCUCAAGGACAUGACAAAUAAUCAGCGUCGUCUCCUGAAGUUGUGGGAAGACAAGAAGGUCCAGAGGGAGCAGCUCGCCCUUCCUGCAAUUACUCAGAAACCUGGACAGAAACCACUUGUCCAUAAAGCAAUUCAAACUGAGAUGUCCAUCGGUUCAUCCCAAAAGCUCCCAGCCAAUGCUUUUGAGACCAAGCCAUUCUCUCGGGACAUUGACAAAAAAACUGUUUUGGAUAAACACAGUUUUCCAAAUUAUGGAAAUGGCUAUCAUAAUGACAAGAAAGCUUUCAUGCAUGAUGAAACUAAAGGAAUUCAGAACUGA